GCAAUCCUGGCCGUUGCUUGCACCUUCUUCGAUCUUUGAAUCUAUUAAUCUCUUCCUUCGCUGAGUCGAUCAAUCCAGAGAGAGGGGAAGAGAGAAUGAUUCGAAGGGCUUUGCUGUUCCUCCUCGUCGCCGGUUUCUGUUGCCCGGACGUACGGGCGCAGGUGUUGCCGCCGGCGAAGCGCGACGGAUUUGUGUACCCACCGGGUCGGGUUGUCGACCCGGAGACGAUACUGAUCGAGGUGUUUUUCGACCCGGUUUGUCCCGACAGCAGAGACGCCUGGUCUCCCCUGAAAUUGGCUCUUGAUCACUACGGGUCUCGCGUUGCUAUUGUCGUUCACCUCCUCCCGUUGCCUUUCCAUGACAAUGCAUUCGUAGCUUCGAGGGCCUUGCACAUUGUGAAUGCCUUGGACGCCAAUGCCACUUUCAAACUGCUGGAAGGGUUCUUCAAGCAUCAGGCAUUGUUCUACAAUGCACAAACCCAACUCAUGUCAAGACCUGCAGUUGUGGAGGAGAUAGUCAAGCUUGGGACUUUCACACUGGGAAACUCGUAUCACUCUGCCCUCAAAUCUGGAUUCAUCGACAAGAAAUCUGAUCUUGCCACCAGGGUUUCCUUCAAGUAUAGCACUUCGAGAGGGGUUUCUGCUACACCGACCUACUAUAUCAACGGGUUCGUCCUGCCCAAUGCUGGUUCCCCCAUAGAUUUCGAAGGUUUGAGAAACACCAUCGAUCCUCUGGUCGGAGGACAAGAAGUGGAGGAGACACAAGAUACCUUUGUUUCCUUCUUGCGUUGAGCUCAGUUGCUUUCGCAGUGCUAACUACACCUAUAUGUAAUGUAAUGUAUCUCCUUCCUCUUGCUCUCAUUCCGAAUCUUAUUUAUUUUUCCCCAAUGUAAAAAGGAAAUAAAUUGUAGAUUUUGGCUUUGGGAAUGCAAUCUUCCGGGAGAUUGUCCGGUUCGAUCA